AAGGUCGUGCAGUGGACCAAGGCGGGCGCAGACUUGCUGGGCCGCAUGCGCGCCUUCGUGCCGCGCGCGGCGCUGCUGUGGGCGCUGCCCUUCCCCGAGGUGCGCGCCCUGGCCCAGCGGUGCACGGCCAUGUACGUGCGGUGCGCUUACUGUCCGAGCCAGACGCAGGGCGUAGAGCCCGUGGGCGGCCUCAACGCCCGCAAGCCGCGCAAGGCCGGCUCCAGCGCCGCCGGCCCCGCCGAGGCGAAGGGCGCCGGCACGGCCGCAGGCAAGGGCGGCUCGCCCGCCGCGGCGGGGGCCGCGGCUGGCAGGGCGCCGGUGCCCGGGUGCGGCGGCUGCGGGCGGCGGCGGACGCCUGCCUGCGCGCUGUGUGGGCGGGACGUGCGCGGGCUGUGGGUGGGCUGCCAGAACCUGCGGCCACGGGGGCCACCCGGCGCACGUGCGCGCCUGGUUCGCCAGCGGCCGCCGGGAGUGCCCGGUGCCCUCCUGCAGGCACCUGUGUGUGCCCCCGGGCGAGGCAAAAGUCGUCCCGCCGCUCCCGCCCGCCUCCUGGAG